AGCAGCGAGGCCAAUAUGGCUUCCCGCACCUGGUGACGGUUGAAGAAACUGUGUUAAGUCUCAUGGAGAAGCCCCGGGGCGUCGAGGAGACUUCAGAACCAAUGGAGGAGGAAGAGGAAGACGAUGAUUUGGAGCUCUUUGGUGGCUACGACAGUUUCCGGAGUUAUAACAGCAGUGUGGGCAGUGAGAGCAGCUCCUAUCUCGAGGAGUCAAGUGAAGCAGAAAAUGAGGAUCGGGAAGCGGGGGAGCUGCCCACCUCCCCCUUGCAUUUGCUUAGCCCUGGGACUCCCCGCUCCUUGGAUGGCAGUGGUUCUGAGCCAGCUGUCUGUGAGAUGUGUGGUAUCGUGGGUACAAGGGAAGCCUUCUUCUCCAAGACCAAGAGAUUCUGCAGCGUCUCCUGUUCUAGGAGCUACUCCUCCAACUCCAAGAAAGCCAGUAUCUUGGCUAGAUUACAGGGAAAACCACCUACCAAGAAGGCCAAAGUCCUGCACAAAGCUGCCUGGUCUGCCAAAAUUGGAGCCUUCCUCCAUUCCCAAGGGACAGGACAACUCGCAGAUGGGACACCAACAGGGCAGGACGCGCUGGUCUUGGGUUUCGACUGGGGCAAGUUCCUGAAGGAUCACAGUUACAAGGCUGCUCCUGUCAGCUGCUUUAAACACGUCCCACUCUAUGACCAGUGGGAGGAUGUGAUGAAGGGGAUGAAGGUGGAGGUGCUCAACAGCGAUGCUGUGCUCCCCAGCCGCGUGUACUGGAUCGCCUCGGUCAUCCAGGCGGCAGGGUACCGGGUGCUGCUCCGGUAUGAAGGCUUCGAAAAUGACGCCAGCCACGACUUCUGGUGCAACCUGGGGACUGUGGAUGUCCACCCCAUCGGCUGGUGUGCCAUCAACAGCAAGAUCCUGGUGCCCCCGCGGACCAUCCAUGCCAAGUUCACCGACUGGAAGGGCUACCUCAUGAAACGGUUGGUGGGCUCCAGGACGCUUCCCGUGGACUUCCAUAUCAAGAUGGUGGAGAGCAUGAAGUACCCCUUUCGUCAGGGCAUGCGGCUGGAGGUGGUGGACAAGUCCCAGGUGUCACGGACCCGCAUGGCCGUGGUGGACACGGUAAUCGGGGGUCGCCUGCGGCUCCUCUACGAGGAUGGCGACAGCGAUGAUGACUUCUGGUGCCACAUGUGGAGCCCCCUGAUCCACCCAGUGGGUUGGUCCAGGCGUGUCGGCCAUGGCAUCAAGCUGUCAGAGAGGCGCAGCGACAUGGCCCACCAUCCCACUUUCCGGAAGAUCUACUGUGAUGCUGUUCCUUAUCUGUUCAAGAAGGUUCGAGCUGUCUACACGGAAGGCGGUUGGUUUGAGGAAGGGAUGAAACUGGAAGCCAUUGACCCCCUGAAUCUGGGCAACAUCUGCGUGGCAACCAUCUGCAAGGUCCUCCUGGAUGGCUACCUGAUGAUCUGUGUGGACGGGGGGCCCUCCACAGAUGGCUCAGACUGGUUCUGUUACCAUGCCUCUUCCCACGCCAUCUUCCCAGCCACCUUCUGCCAGAAGAAUGACAUUGAGCUCACACCCCCAAAAGGGUAUGAGGCUCACACUUUCAACUGGGAGACCUACUUGGAGAAGACCAAGGCGAAAGCAGCUCCAUCAAGACUCUUUAACAUGGACUGCCCCAACCAUGGUUUCAAGGUGGGCAUGAAGCUGGAGGCCGUGGACCUCAUGGAGCCCCGGCUCAUCUGUGUGGCCACGGUGAAGCGGGUGGUGCACCGCCUCCUCAGCAUCCACUUCGAUGGCUGGGACAGCGAGUACGACCAGUGGGUGGACUGCGAGUCCCCGGACAUCUACCCCGUCGGCUGGUGCGAGCUCACCGGCUACCAGCUGCAGCCGCCCGUCGCCACAGAGCCCACCACGCCUCUGAAAGCCAAAGAGGCCACAAAGAAGAAAAAGAAACAGUUUGGGAAGAAAAGAAAAAGAAUACCACCAACCAAGACCCGGCCCCUCAGACAGGGGUCCAAGAAGCCCCUGCUGGAGGACGACCUGCAGGCGGCAGAGAAGAUCUCGUCGGAGCCCGUUCCUGAUGAGAUCAUUACCGUGCGGGUAAAGGAAGAGCAUCUCGACGUGGCUACGCCUGACAAGGCCGCGAGUCCAGAGCUGCCCGUUCCCAUCGAGAACAUCAAACAGGAGACAGAUGACUGAGACUUCCUCGCUGCCCGCCCGGCCGCCCAGCUGGCAGCCAGCCCAGGGUGCCUCGACUGCCAGCACCCCUCCACCCCACUUGACUCUGGAGACUGAGCCUUUCUGCGUGAAUGCCGCCGCCUGGUGCUGUGGGCGCUGGGCAGUGAACGAACACCCAGGGUCUCCCAGACCCGCCCUGUCGCCUCUGCCCCAUCCUGGGCACGGCCGGCGCGACUAGGGCUGCUGAGACCCGCAGACUCCCCUGUGAGCAGCUCCCUCUCCAGCUGGAGUUACCGAAGUUCUUACCAGCCUCCAUCCACACCCACCACGUCCCUCAACUGCCAGGGGUGAGGGGCCGCACACUGGAGGACAAGUUGGUUGGUGGGGGAAUGAGCUCAGCGUGCGUGUGUGUGUGUGUGUGUAUGUGUGUGUGUGUGUGUGUACGAGCACACACAUCCCCUGAGAGGGAGGCUGCCACCAGCAUUGAACUUAACCUGCUCUGGAGCCCAGCGGGGCUAGGACCUGUCCUUUUCAUUCCCCUGUUAACCAGGGACGGGUCUGGCCUUGCCGGAAAGUCACAGGGCCGCGACAGAGUGGGGCGGUCAGCCCUGCUGGCUGAGGUGGCCCUGGAGGAGCUCCUGGAGGAAGGGACACUCUUCCUGGCUCGUUUUCCUCACUGUUCAUGUCCUUAACUCCGUAACAUGUUUUGAAUCCCCUUCUCUCUAGAGUACCUUCUAGAAGUUCAUCUAGCAUCUGCCCAAAUUUCAGCUUUUUUUUUUUUCCCAGUUAGUCUCCUUUGAAACUGUCUCCUCCCUCUGAUCCAUCCUCUCUUCAAGAGACCCUCUUCCUGGAACCUAAGGUGAUGGCAGGCACUGUCCUCAGCCCUUUUCUUUCCUUCUACAUGUUUGGGUAGAGACAGCACAGCAGGGUGGGUCCCUGUGUCGCCCCUUUAAGGGCUGCAGCUGUGCCGGGUGGGAAUCCGGCUCCCUGGACUGUCGGGUGCUUGCCAGAUGGGGUGCUGACCAUGGGUGUGCUCAGGACCCAGCUGUUGGGUGUCAUCCCAGAGAUGGGGUGACCAGCCCAAGGGGAGCUGACUUCCUGUCAGUUCAAAGAGAACUUGAUCCUUUCUCCCUUUCUAAAGGCCCUCUGCAGGCCCACACGGUAUAGAAACCAGGCCCAGAAAGCACCCUCUUGCAGCCUGAAUUCCCCAAAACAUGACUAGAUGUGGAACACAGUGACGACCAAGGAUGGGACAGGUCCCAGGACAGAGGGGCCGUACCUGACCCCACCCCCAUCUCACACACACCAGACUUGAGUGGUGACGGGUCAGUCAGUGGCAUCAGCCCCCAGGGGAGGAAGGUGGCAUGUGUGUGCACUUCAGCUCUGCCUUUGUUGAGGGUAAACUGCGCAGCUGAGAAUAGUUCAUCAUCCCCGAUGCCCUUGCCCUUAUGGAUCCAGUUCUGACUGAAGAGCUUCUAGGACAACAGGACUUGCAUGGCAUUUUGGCCUUCAGCUGUUUCUUCCUGAACGGAGAAGUGAAGCCUACAGGUGCCAUGAGCACGACAGGCAGAGCUGGAGGGCAAGAUUAGCUGCCGGUCCGGCCUGGACUGGCCUCCCAUACUUAACUUGCAUGAGACCAUUGAAUCCCUUUCUUGCUGAA